AUGAAUGAGAUUGUCAUACGGAAAACAGAUUUGUCUACUCUUCCGCCGAUCAUCAGUGCUAUUGAGAUUUAUCAGAUCAAUGAGUUUCUUCAGUUACCAACAUAUCAACAAGAUGUUGAUGCCAUGAUGAAGAUUAAGUUGAAGUAUGGAGUGAAGAAGAAGAACUGGCAAGGAGAUCCAUGUGUUCCAGUGGAGUAUUCUUGGGAAGGUCUUGAAUGUCUCCACAGUGAUAACAAUACUUCUCCAAGACUCAUUUCUCUGAACUUUACCUCUAGUUCAUUGACUGGAGAGAUUGAUCCAGAUUUCUCCAAACUAACAUCAAUAAAAAAAUUGGACUUAUCAAACAAUAGCUUAAUGGGAACAGUACCUGACUUCCUCUCCAGUUUAUUAAACUUGACUGAACUAAACUUGGAAGGAAACAAGUUAACUGGUUCCAUUCCAGCUAAACUGUUGGAGAGCUAA